CCUGCUGGCAAGAAGAUGUAACACAGAGACGUUACAAAACACUGGACUUUCACUUUACAUAAAGCGCUUCUCACGUGUAGUGUGUGUGUGCAUGAAAAAUAACAAUUCAAGGAAGAUAAAGGAACGCUACCGUAUUACUCUGAAAUGGCACGGGCAAAGAAGGGUCCUUCAGAAGCAUCUGAAUCGAAGCAGAAGUCGAGGAGGCAGAAUGGAGAAACGUCUGGGGCUGCAGGACAAACCAUCUCCAUGAAGCUUCGGCAGAAGAUGGACGGGAAGAACACACUGAAAACAGGGCCUGUUUUCCCAACCACCAUGAUCAGAUCUUCAGUUGGGAAGAGAAGUGGACCAGGAAGCAUCCUGCACUACAUUUACCAGAGUACACUGGGGCAGAGCUUUCAUUCUCAGAUGAGACAGUGUCUCCAGGAGCCGUUUGUACGUUCCCUGUCCUCCUUUAAGCUCCACCGUACAGCCAGUCCGUUUGACCGGCGGGUCACCUGUCUGGAGUGGCACCCCUCGCACCCCUCCACGCUGGCGGUCGGCUCCAAGGGAGGAGACGUGGUCCUCUGGGACUACAACGUGCUCAACAAGACCAGCUUCAUACAAGGGAAAGGAGCCGGGGAUUUUAUUGGAGGGAUGACGUUUAGCCUGACGGACCCGUCCAAGGUCUACCUGGCGUCUGGCGACGGUACGCUGACCGAGCAGAGCUUUCAGGGCGGUCCAGGAACGGUUCUGUCCAGAGUCCAGGACUGUGGACACGAUCACCACAAUGUCUGUCUGUGGUACUGCUGUGUAGAUGUGUCGUUGAGCAGACAGAUGUUGGUGACCGGAGACAACAUCGGACGAGUCUUAUUGCUAGGCAUGGAUGGACACCAGGUCUUCAACGGGAAGCUGCACAAAGCCAAAGUGACCCAUGCUGAAUUCAACCCUCGCUGCGAUUGGUUAAUGGCGACAGCGUCCGUUGACCACACGGUGAAGCUAUGGGACCUGAGGAACAUCAAGGACAAGAACACUUACCUCCACGAGAUGGUUCAUGACAAAGCUGUUAACUCAGCCUACUUUAAUCCAGUGGACUGCUCCAAGCUCCUGACCACGGACCAGUAUGACCAGAUCAGGGUGUACUCCUCUUCUGAUUGGUCAACUCCUCAGCAGAUUAUCCAGCACCCACACAGACAGUUUCAGCACCUCACACCAAUCAAGGCCACGUGGCACCCUCUGUACGACCUGAUGGUGGUUGGACGGUACCCUGACGAGAGGGUGUGUCCAGGUGCCCUGAGGACCAUCGAUAUCUAUGAUGCCAACACAGGAGAGCUGGCAUGCCAACUACUGGACCCCAACGCCCCUGGCAUCAUAUCUGUCAACAAGUUCAAUCCAAUGGGAGAUGUUUUAGGAUCUGGGAUGGGAGUGAACAUCCUAGUGUGGAACAGAGGGGAGACAUUGGCUGGUAAGCAGCAGAGAGGAGAGCUACAACAGGAAGCAGGAGUCCAGGUUGGCAGAGGUCGAGGCCAGCGGAGGAGAAGAGGGGAGACUCGGAGGGGGGGAGGGACGGGGGGACAGGGACGAGAGGAUGAGGACGACAUUGGGAAGCUGAAGAAGAAGCUGUCUUCGUCCUCGGGGACCAGAACCAGAACAUCCAGGGACAAAGAAGGGUCCAAAUAAAUAAUCAGGGAGAAAGAGAGGUUGUUUGUGAUGUUGGAAGUUUCCUUUGUGCGUUUCCUUUAUUUUGGUAGUUACCCGUAUACGACAAUGUCAUAGACAAGUAACUACCAAAAUAAAGGAAACACCAACAUACAGUGUUUUAAUAGAGUGUUGGACCACCACCAAGCAACCAGAACAGAUUCAAUGCUCCUUGGUAUAUAUUCUACAAGUGUCUGGAACUCUAUUGGAGGGACGCGACACCAUUCUUCCACCAGAAAUUACAUCAUUUGGUGUUUUGUUGAUGGUGGUGGAAAAACACUGUCUCGGGCGCCGCUCCAGAAUCUCCCAAGAGUGUUCAAUUGGGUUGAGAUCUGGUGACUGAGACACACCCUCUAUAUUCCUUUGAGAACCCUCUUUCAGUCACUUCUUCUAGCCAUAAUGGGCAACUGGGCAUAUAUAUUUUUUUUACCUGACCCUAAGCAUGAUGGGAUGUUAAUUUCUUAAUUACCUCAGGAACCACACCUGUGUGGAAGCACCGACUUUCAAUUUACUUUGUAUCAUUUACUCAGGUGUUUCCUUUCAUUUAGUCAGGUUCCUGUCUGCAUUUGUAAUCUGUUACCUUUGUCUUGUUCAAAUCAUGUGUUUAAUUGAAAAUGUUCCAUUCCCUUUGUUAUAAACAGGGACAAUCGUGACUUUGACUCCACACAACAUCCACAGAUGUUUCAAAUAUGUCUGACAACACUGACAACACAUAUCUUGUGUUUCAGAUGUUUUAUAAACCUCUGUUUCUGGUGAUAAAUUGUUACGUUUUAUAAACAGUUCAUACUUUAUUAAAAUAUUUAAUUUUGA